AUGGCCCACCUGGAAACCACCAAGCCUGAAGCCGGCGAAGGCAAGAAGAGAAAAUGCAGCAAAUACACACUGGUAGCCUCAUUUAUUAUCGUCGUGAUCACCUGCCUGAUUGUGGGUGUCGUUGAGGCAGUCAAAUCAAGCCGAUAUCCUUCUUACAACGCGGUAGAAUACGCUCUUGUCGACACCUUCUCUGGACCAGAGUUCUUCGACCACUUCCGGUUCUUCACCGAUGAGGACCCAACAGGUGGAUUUGUGAAAUAUGUGGACAGAUCGACAGCCAAAAAGCUGAACCUCACGUUUGCAUCCUCGACAUCGAUUCUCCGCGUGGACACAAGCCAAGACAACGCAUCGAGCGGUCGGCAGUCUGUACGGAUCGCCUCCAGGACAAGUUACGACGAGGGCCUGUUUGUAUUCGAUAUCUUGCAUUCCCCGUUUGGGUGCGGGACGUGGCCUGCGCUGUGGAUGACGGAUGAAGAUAACUGGCCUGUCAACGGGGAGAUUGAUGUCCUCGAGGCUUCGAAUAUGGGCGCCGACGGAAACACGGUCUCCCUGCACACUGACCCUGGUUGUCGGAUGGAUGUUAGACGCAGGCAGAGUGGUGAAUCUCGCUCGAAUGUCUGUUCAGAGGGGGAUGAUGGGUGUAGUGUCCAUGGGGGAAACGGUACUUAUGGUGCCAUCUUUAAUGAUAACGGAGGUGGAGUUUAUGCACUUGAGCUUCGGGCAGCUGGGAUUCGAACGUGGUUCUUCUCUCGUGAAGAUAUACCGGCUGAUAUCAACAAUGAGAGCACUUCGCCCGAUCCAGCAAACUGGGGAACCCCCCUGGCUGAUUUCCCAGCGACGAAGUGUGAUAUUGCAAGACACUUCAGCAAUCAAAGCAUCAUCGUGAAUAUAGAUCUGUGUGGCGAGAUGGCGGGCAACGACGAGCUAUACUCGCUCGACCAGUGUCCGGGGAGCUGCGAGGCGUUCGUCGCGGGCAAUCCAGACAGCUUUGACGAGGCGUAUUGGGAGUUUAGAAGCUUCAUGGUAUAUCAGGCUGUUUAG